AAGCAGAGCAACACGACUGCAGCAUAACAAAGCACGUUCACUAUUCCCGUCUUAUUUGUGAGUCAGCACUGCAAAAGGAGAAUGCCAGAAGCACUGUCUCUCUUCUGUUUGCCCAUGUAAUCAUCUCUGAAUAGUAAACACAAAUUCAAGCAGCCCAUGAAUUUCAUAUCAGGCAGCACACUGAGCUUCUCCUCUGCCAGCUCCUGGGGGAAAGGGUCACAAAACAGGCUGAUGUGCGGCUCUGUGCAAUGUUUGUGAUGGUACUGGCGUGCCAGUUGCAUGCAUGAAUAACAACUGAGGGAGUUAUAUUUGGUUUAAUUUCCUAAGGCAGCAUCACUCCCUAACUCUGACUACACACGAAUACUCCUUCAUGAGCCUGUUCAAAUGAAACCCUGAUUCCCUGAAGAGAACUGCAUCCCUGAAAGAAAGGACUCAUCAGGUUGUCCUGCGUUAAUGAUGCUGGCGUUUAGUUCUUCCCAUUUCAUGCUGUAACAUUUUCUGAUUUACAUCCACACAGGUUUUAUUUGGUUCACUUUGUAUGUAAAUUAUGUAAGAACUGGCCGACUGGUAUCCAUAACAGCACUACAAAAUGGGGGAAGCGGUCGUGGGUGGGAAAAGUAUGGCCACCAAACGCAUAUCUGAACACAUAUGUUAACACCUGCAGAAAUAUAGGUGAUGGUGUUUGGUUUAGCUUGGCAGUCUGCCACCAUGUUAGUAAAUGUUGUUAGCUAAUGUUGUUAAUAGCGACCUGUAUCUUAGCUAUGACCGUCGUGAGGCGAUGAAUGCGUGAUUUCACGAGAAUGAUUCGGCCGGAUGAAGAGUGGGUGGGUUAUUUAAUGAAAUGGUCCUAUUGGUUUGUCUUGACUCCGGGACAGCAGCUGAGGGCUGAGGCAGAUCAGUUUGCACUCCUUGGACUCUGCAGUCAGCCUCCAUUGGCUCUGACACAACUGGACACGAGUCUUUUACUAUUUUUUCUCUCUCUUUUUAAAAAAAAAUCAUCCUCUAUUUGUAGUCAUGGCGGACACCUCCUGGAAGGAAACCAAUCACCUUUUUUAAGAGUUGGAAACGUCCUCCACUCAUCUUCCUCCUGUGCGGAGACUUUGACUCCGCGGACCCCCUAAAUGCCUUUCAUUGAGAAAAGGCUUCGGACGUUCAGUGUUGUGAAUGUGUACAAGCAGCAGAUUACUUGAAUAAGAUGGGUAAUAAGCAAACAAUAUUUACCGACGAGCAACUUGAUGCCUACCAGGACUGUACUUUUUUCACCCGCAAAGAAAUUCUGCGGUUGCAUGGCAGAUACCAUGAGUUGGCUCCACAUCUUGUACCAAUGGACUACACCAAUGAUCCUGAUUGCAAACUGCCUUUAGCCUUGAUCGUCAACAUGCCAGAGUUAAAGGAAAACCCGUUUCGCAACAGGAUCGUAGAGUCUUUCUCAGAGGAUGGGAUGGGGAAUCUCAGCUUCAAUGAAUUUGUGGACAUGUUCUCAGUCCUCAGUGAAACGGCUCCUAGAGAACUCAAGGCCAUAUAUGCCUUCAAAAUAUAUGAUUUCAAUGUGGAUAAUUACCUGUGCAAAGAGGACCUGGAAAAGACUCUGAAUAGGCUGACGAAAGAGGAGCUGACUCCUGAGGAGGUGGAUCUGGUGUGUGAGAAGACCAUCGAGGAGGCGGAUUUGGAUGGAGACAACAAACUCUCCUUUGCUGAUUUUGAAAAUAUGAUAUCUAGGGCUCCUGACUUUUUAAGUACCUUCCAUAUACGAAUCUGAGAGGGCUCCGUGGAAGGUUUCCAAGGUGGACGGCGUGAUGAACCUCAGGACUCCGCCUGAACCACGUCCUGGCCACAGCACAGUGCCUGUCUUCCUCUCCCAUCGUCAGAAAAAAACCACACAUCAUUGCUCUGUGGCCUCAGCGAAGUCUGCUUAGUUAGAAAGCAGAAUACUGGAUAAACCUGAAUUCCCAGUACCCUGAAUUUCCAUACUGUGGAUGAAAAUGUUUUCUCCUCAAAGGGCUUGACCUGGAUUGGUCUCUUGUUGGGAGAAAAGGUCAUUCUUCCACAUUUUAUGUUUGAAAAAUGGGAAAUGAAACGAGUCUAAAAUGAGCCAGACUCUGGACUGCCUCUUAUUGAGCACAUUCAAGAAUGCAUAAAAUGCUUAUCUACCUACAGUGUAUUGCACGUCUUCCUACAAUGACACACUAGAUACUGUAUAAGCUUAAGGACAAAGCUUGAAGUGAAUGAAAGCACAGCAUUAGUGUUAAAGGGCAUACAGGUAUUCUGUGUAAGCUAUGCAAUAUUUGUACAUGCAGUGUAUUGCUUUUUAGUCAUUUUAGGUUGUGUUUUUCGCUUGUGAAACUUGAACAUGAUGACAAUCAUAUCGUACUGUUUUCCGGUUAAAUGAAGGGCUCUGUCAUCUGAAUUCAUUUUGGUAGCUUUCAUCUGCCUCAGCCAUUAUCAUGAGAUGUUAGUUACAGCCAUCUUUUGGAUAUAUAUUUUACUGUAUUUAAUGUGACUUCAGGUAUUUGUCUUAAAUAAAUGUUUGUUUUUGUU